AUGGCUGCUCUGGGUGAAGUUGGAAGCUUCUUGCACGGCAUUGAUGGUGUAGGACACGUCGGGUCCCAUUUUCUCCUGACGUCUCUUGGAGAGAGUCCAGCGGUACUGCUGGGUCAGGGUGAACACCUCGUACCUGGUGCCGGGGAAAGCCUGUCCCGGAGCGCAACGGCAGAUUUAACACUUUUAAAAGGGAUUCUCCGGAGAAGGCAGUUAUACUGUAGAACUGGAUUUCAUCUGGAAAUUCUUCCUGAUGGCACUGUGCAAGGGACAAGAAAGGACCACAGUAGAUUCGGUAUUUUGGAAUUCAUAAGCAUUGCUGUUGGAUUGAUAAGCAUUCGAGGAGUGGACAGUGCUCUCUACCUGGGGAUGAAUGACAAGGGAGAGCUCUAUGGUUCUGAGAAGCUGAGCGCUGAGUGUGUCUUCAGGGAGCAGUUUGAGGAGAACUGGUACAACACAUACUCCUCCAACCUCUACAAGCACGGAGACAAAGGGACUCGCUACUUUGUGGCGUUAAACAAGGACGGCACGGCUCGGGAUGGAACAAAGUCCAGGCGACACCAAAAGUUCACCCACUUCCUGCCCAGGCCCGUGGACCCUGACCGGGUACCGGAGCUGUACAAGGAGAUUCUGGGCCACAGCUGA